CAAAAAUAUCCAAACACUUCUUUCCACGGACUAUCUCCCAGAGGUCAAAUUGGCACCAGAUAGUGGCGAUCUCUUAUUUAACGUCUGUGCAGAGUGAGAACGCUUCAGUUGCAGUCGGGGUCCCAAUAGGGGUUCACAAAGCUCAACCGCGACCGCAUUUGUCAUUUACUGACACUAGAUUGACCGCUGAAGGCCGCAGACCUUUCAGACAUGUGUCAUUGACGACGGCCGUCACACGAUCGGUUCGUAUUCGCACAUCAGUCGGACGCUAGAGGCUCACGCGGUGAUGUCGUCGACCAGUCUGGCGAGCAAACGCAACGCAGCGCUCAUACUCAAAGAGGAAUACCUCGACAAAUACGCCGGACGCUUCAUCAAGACGUGGCACAAACGCUACUUCGUGCUCGCGCCCCAGAGUCUCUGCUAUUUCAAGGUAAACGAAGACUCGCCGACCGCCACAGCGGCCGCCGACAAGAAACCCAAGGAUCCACGUGGCCGCCUCUUUCUCGCGACAAUCACCGAGAUAUCUCUGUGUCCGAGCAAGAAACGCGAGUUUGCGUUCAUUAUACGAACGGGAAUGAAGCAGAAGUUGUUACUCGCUGCGUCUUCAGAGCAGCAGAUGUGUGAGUGGAUUGACAUUAUCAAGAGCACGAGAGAGAGGGAGGAGACUGAGGAGAAGACGUGCAAGUUUAGACAGAGUUUGAGGCGCUUGAAGGCUGAUUUGAAGCGCGUGUCGUUGGUGAAGGAAGGAGGGAGUAUCGGGUGUACGAUUAAGAUUGCUGGAGGGCCAGUGUUGGUGAAUAGGAUCUUGCCUGAUGGUCCUAUUGCACAGACUGGUGUGUUGAAACCAGGUGACCAGAUUCUUGACAUCCACGGAAAGAGCAUAACAGGACUCUCCAUGGAAGAAGUCGUCAAAGUCAUUCGAGAUGCACCGACCGUCUUCAUCGCCACCAUCCGACCAACCACCUCAAUUCAACGACCUCCCGUCGACCCACACGCCAAACCCACAUCGUACGCCGUCCUAGACUAUGACAAAAUGUCUGGAGUUAGAGAGAGUAGAGUGUCCAAUGAAUCAGUAGGAGAAUUCAACGAGCCUGGACUCUCGAGUGACGAACACAGUGAGGAAGACUUAUUGAAUCCUGACCAUUCACAGACUGAUACUGCAGGUAUAAAGCAGUCUAGACUAGAAACACGUGCUCGUCAUGCUCCGGACCAGCAAUCAAGAGCAGGUUCGGGUAGUGAGAAAGCCUUGUCAUCUAAGCCAGUCUAUUACGCCGAGUUGGAGUGGGGAAAUGAAGGUGUGAAAGAAAAAACGACAGAGAAAGAGUAGGUCAUGUGGAGUGCCACUCAUUGGUAUGGUUGGUGCUGCUUGUGUUGCUGAUUUUCUGUGUGGAAGGACUGACUGACCAGUUGUGGGACGUAAGAUGUUCGGAGUUGCGUUUCUUGCUGCAUUUGUGGUGCAUGGCGGAUAAUGUAGUGAGAAGGCGACGAAACAUUGAGUUGCUGUAAUAAAAUAAAAUUGAGUUUAUUUGGAAGUAAAA